GGUGCGCGAUUCACGGCAAGCCGCUCGCUCUCUUGCACACUCACUUCCAACGCUUGCAAGUGUACAGACGUGUUGUUCGUGGUUGCACCCUCGUUUGACCGUUUUCCAGUUGAAAGCAGCAAAAAGGAUAUUCUGACUCCCGGAGCAAAAGGGAAAAGAACCUUUCACCAGCGAAAACUUAGCAGAAAGCAAUUUGUUCGCGCGUCCUUCAACCAGAGUGUGCAGAGUGCCGCGCUGUAUGUUAUAUGGUGGCGCUCUAGAGCGGAAGAAGAAGAGAUGCAAUGCGCAAGAUAAGUUGUGCUGUCGAUUAAUGAGUAUCUAUUAGUAGUGUUACUACCAUUUCUACUACUAUAGUGGCAGUUUGUAGAGAAAAAAAAACACACACACAGAACAAAAGGUGGAGUAUCUCUCCCCAAAGUGUAUAUUGAAGCUUGGUGGCCGCGUAGAUUGAUCAGCACGAUCAGCACGAUCUCCCAGCAGCAGCAGCAGCAGCAGCAGGAGCAAGCGGCAACUGGAGCAGCGAACGGAAAGAUGCUGUUUGAAACGACUAUAUCGCCCGCAAAAAUGUAUCAGUACAAUGUGCCUCCACCGAUGCAGGGCCCGGCGGCCGUUCCCGUACCGAACAUAAGUGCCGGCACACUCGAUCCGAAUGGAAUUCUGGACACACACGAUCUACACACUACGCUGGUGCCCCUUAAGCCGGCGCUGCUCGCAUCCCAGGCAGCCGUCGUAGCCGCGACCCAACAGCAACAGAUAAAGAGAGAGCAGUCGCAAACGUCACAGCAGCAGGCCCAGGUACUGUCACCGCAGCAGCAGCAGCAGCCCCAGCCGACCGCCGCCCAACAGCAGCAGCAGCUCCAGGCCCAGCUCCAGCAGCAACAGGUGCAGGCCCAGGUCCAGCAGCAGCAACAGCAGCAGGCGGCACAGCAGCAGGCCCAGCAGCAGCAAGCGCAGGCCCAGCAGCAGGCCCAGCAGCAGGCACAGCAGCAACAGCAGGUGGUGGCACAGCAACAGCAGCAGGUUAACGGAGCGAGCGUUAACGGUUGCGCCAAGACGGGCGGCAACGCCAGCAACGGCAGCUCGUCCGGCCGCUCCACACCAAACAAUGGUAGCGAUCCGGCACCGGGCAAGCUGUUUGUCGGCGGGCUGAGCUGGCAGACGUCGUCGGAGAAGCUGAGCGAGUACUUCGGCAUGUUCGGCACGGUUACGGACGUGCUGAUCAUGAAGGAUCCCGUCACCCAGCGAAGCCGCGGUUUCGGGUUCAUCACAUUCCAGGAGCCGAACAGCGUGGACAAGGUGCUGCAGGUGCCGAUACACACGCUCGACGGCAAGAAGAUCGAUCCGAAGCACGCGACGCCGAAGAACCGCCCCAAGACGCAGUCGAACAAGACGAAGAAAAUCUUCGUCGGCGGCGUCAGCCAGGACACGUCGGCCGAGGAGGUGAAGGCGUACUUCAGCCAGUUCGGCAAGGUGGAGGAGACGGUGAUGCUGAUGGACCAGCAGACGAAGCGCCACCGCGGGUUCGGCUUCGUCACGUUCGAGAACGAGGACGUGGUCGACCGGGUGUGCGAGAUUCACUUCCACACGAUCAAGAACAAGAAGGUGGAGUGCAAGAAGGCGCAGCCGAAGGAGGCGGUCGCACCGACCGCCCAGCAGCUGCUCCAGAAGCGCAUCAUCCUGGGCAAUCUGGGCGUGCCGAUGGGUGCGGGCGCUCCGAGCUCGGCCGCCGCCGCUGCCCGGCUGGUCGGGGCGGCCCAGGCCGGUGGCAAUCCGGGGCUGGUCAAUCCGCUCGCCGCCAACCCGCUGAUGGUGCAGGCGCAGGCGGCCCAGGCGGCUCAGGCGGCCCAGGCGGCCCAGGCUGCCGCGAUGCAGCUGCAGAACGGGUUCGGCAAAGUCUUCACUACAUAUCCUCCGACACUGCAUAGCUUUAGAUACUCGCCAUACAGCAUUCCAUCGGCUGCCGCUGCCGCCGCUAAUGCAGCCGCCGGCGUGAAUCCGCUGACGAGCGUGUCCGCCAACCAGGCCGCCCAGGGCCAGCCGCAGCAGGUACCGCACCCGACGUCCGUCGCCGGCGCCACGGUGGCGACGCAGGGCGCCCCGCAGCAGACGAGCCAGCAGGCCGCGGCCGCCGCCCAGAUGGCAGCCGCCGGUCUGACGAACCCGUACCAGGGCUACAGCCUGGCCAAUGUAGACAUGUCGAGCUUCCAGGGCGUCGACUGGGGCUCGCUGUACGGCAUGGGAAUGUAUGUAUAAAUAUCAUCUCUCCCAUCACCACCAACACCACCACCAUCAACAGCAUCAUCUGUGUGCGCGAGCGCCCUUUUUGCUCUAAAGCUUCCCCCGCUUUGGGGAGCUGUUCCACCCCCUCAUCAUCAAUCAUCAUCAACAGUUCCCGCAAUCCUUUCCCACCAUUUGCUCUAAUCCCCCCCGUCUCGCUCCUCCCGCUGGGAGAGUAUAACCAUAAAACAGCGAGCUACACUGGCAGUAGUAGUAGUAGUGGUAGCGAUCGUGAAGAAGGAUGCGCUGUUGUUGCAACGCGCCGUGCGUGCAUCACACACACUCAUAUACUCAGAAUGCAGGCGUGCAACACCACACAACCAAGACACAGGAGCGUGCGCGCGCCCCACGUUGCGAGAGAAUCGUUUUGGAACGAAAAAAGAAAGAAGAAGCUAUCAAUAUUAUUACUAUUAUUAUUAUUAUUGUAAAGGCUAGCCGGUAGCGUUUUUUUUUCUUGUUUCCCUGCGAUUCAUAUAAAUAUACAAUUGUGUAAUCACUCAUGUUUCAACUAUUCCCACCCGCUUCCGUCGGGCAAGGGUGGUGUAGAAAAUCGUGCGCAGUUACAGUGCGCAUUUUUUUUUUGGUUUAUUACUGCAGAUCGGUUCGAAUGCGUGACAAGCAAGUCGUGUGAGAAAGGCGUGCAUAUGCGCGAUUUGUUUGAGUUACAAAUCGGAGCAGCAACACACCCUCACACAUACACACACACACACACAAACACACACACACAUUGUGGCCGAAUUUACAAAAUAGUGGGGCGAUCCUUUGCCGUGCGUGUGUGUGCUGUGGCAAAUGACUGCGCGUAGUGUAAAGAAGCAAAAAAAAACUACAACUUUACAUCAAACAAUCGCGUUCAAUCGCAAACGUAUUGUGUGGUGUAAAAGGGGGGGUAUGUGUUUUAGUAAAAGUGCCAGAAGAAUAUGCUUUGGGUGAGGGACAAGAGACGGGCAGUGAGGUGUAGUAGAAAGAGUAGGGUAUGGCUAAACUUAACAGCAAUAACACUCCGCAUGUACGCUCAUCGGCCAGAAAGGCAAAAAAGCAAAAAAAAAAAGGGGAAAGGAAACAGCCCCCCGCUCCCCAUUCAAGCGAAACAAUUCAUAAAAAAGUUCAUAGAGUUUUGAAAUAAAUAAUUAAGUAACAAGUAAUACUAUAAAUAUGUAAAAUAUGCAUCCCCCCUUCCCUCCCCCCCCCUAACUGCAACCGCGUAAAUGGCUGACAGAAGUAAGCAGAAGUAGAUAUUCGAGCGUAGCUGGAUAUGUGUGUGUAUGUGUGUGAGUGUGUAUGGUAUGCGCAUAUUGGACACUGUUGGAAUUACUACUAAUCGUCGCUUUUAGUUCUGGUUCGGUUCGUUAUAUACGCCCAGUCACGCUUUUACACUUACAUACUUAAGUUCUCAUGACCUACUGGCACUGACUUACAUAUUAGAGCUAUUAGAGUAUUAGAGAGCUGCUGUACCACGCGGGUGUACGCACUUUGUUAGAUUGUAAAUUAUGCGCAGCUUACGGUCACACACUUACGGUAUCUUUUACCAGAAACAAAACGGCACGAGGUUUGUCAAUUUCUUCGCCCGAUCUUUCCAGCAAAGAGGUUCAAAGUGCAACCCAAAAGAUCUAUUUUUUUAAGCGAUUUUAAAUAUCAUUAGAAAGGUUAGGUUUUAUCCGUCGUCUGUGUGUAUCUCUCUCUCUAUGUUUAAAAAUGUUUAGUAUUUGUGCUGCCUUCCCAGCAAAUCUCGCAAUUAAAUGAGAUUGUUUUUUUUUAAAUAAUUUGUACAGCAACAUUACUUGCCAAACUGGUUUUACAGUGUUUUUACAGUGCAAACGAGCAUGUGUUGCAUAUGUCGUGUGUCCUUAGUGUUAUAGUCGCACGCGCCCGGCUAGGAUGUGCUCAUAUACUACCCUAAAUCCGCUCGUCGCAGAGCGUAGUAAAAACUAAAAGAAGAAGAAACGGAUAUAGAUAUCAUCAUAAAAAGCAAUAAUCUAUUACAAAACGGGAAAAGCAAAAGGAAGAAAAUAUGCAAAGAAAAUGCGAGAGGAUUACAAAUCGUCAGAGUUCAAUACAUUCCAAAAGUACACGUGCGCAUUUCUUACGAUAUAAUGAGUUAGUUAAUAGUAGCAGUAGUAACAGUAUAUGUAUGGGAAUUAGUUUGUCGCAUUUGAUGUUACUUUUUAAACUCCUCUUCUUAUCAGUCGCUGUGUGCAGACGAUUAGAGAAUGUAUUUUUAUGGUUUUGGCCCCACACAGUGUGGGCAGGGGCGGCCACCACUACACUACUAUUAGUUUAUACUUUACGGUCGUUUUAGUCUGCUUCUCAUAGCGUGUAGUGUGUAUAUGGGAGUCCGUCGUUUGGAUGGUCUGCCGAAGUUGGGCCAAAACAGAGGAAGAUUACAGUUGUCGGGCGUAUCAUUUCUGUUUCAUCCCUCGCCUUUGUUAACCGAUCGAGAAGGUGUGAAUUAUGCCAACGCAAAUAAUAUUAGCAUUCUCUGCCACUGAUCAUUAAUUGCAUUUCGAUGAUGUAAAAAAGCGUUGCGAUCAAAUUACAUUUACGCAUGGAGGGGUAUGUAGUGUUAUACAGUGAAAGCCUUGCCAACUAUCACCAUCACCACGACUAACCACGUAUGCGAAAAUUAUUGUAAUUUUUAUCAAUAGCUUUUAAGCGGUAAUUUGUGACUAAAGAGUGUCACACCCCGUCACACAGUUUGCCGCGCGUUCGUUAGUAUUAUAUAGUUUUAAUCCCACAAAUUAAUUAGCUCUCGCAACGGUUAUUCUAGUGAUGUUUUUUUUUUGUAUUUUCAACCAGCAUUUUGAUUUCUCUCAUCACUUAUCUCUCUAUUUACACGCUCUUCAUAUCUCAUCAUCUACUAUUUAUUAGUAUUUAGUUUAGUGUAUUUACGUACCAUACGCUUUAUUGUGUUUUUAAGUAACCGCCCACCACAACCUGCCGGGCCGCGGCCCCGGUGGUGGUGUGUGUUGGAUGUGUGACGCUUUGAGCGCGCGUGGAUGAUGUUGCUGCGUGCGCGUGUUUGCGUGCGAAGUCCGAUGAAAGUGUAGUUUUUAUCCGUUACACAUCCUUCAUGAUACGAAGAGCAAAACGGUAAGCUUGCCACACUACUAUCGAAAGCGCGCGACUCACGCCUUCAGCGUCAUCCACACGUCGGUAAAGCGUCCCGCGCCUCGAAACGCAUACGAAGGCCGAAGCAAAACCAGCCGAAUGUACUUAUGAUUUACAUACAAAACCUUAGUUCUAUUGUACUUUAAUUUGCAUUGUAAGCACCCGAAUGGCAAAACUAAUAAAUAUGACUAUUUUUAAAACCAUACGUCCCCCACCCACCACCUCUCCAACCUAACCAGAGGGUUUUUUUUUCUUCUUUUCUACUGCUUUUGUUUGUUUGUUUUUGUUCUCGUUUAUUGGUUGUUUAUUGUCCUUUUCUAUUUGUGUGUUAAUUUUCUACGUGUCCAUUCUUUCAAGUUGCGUUCCGCUUUGAAUUUCUCUCUCUCUCUCUCUCUCUCUUUUUUCAUAUUCAUAUUUUCCUCAUGUGUCGUUGUUGUUUUUGUUUUUGUCGUGGCUUCUGUUUCUGUAUUAACAUUAAUGCGUUAAUUCUAAUCGAAUGUAACCAAACAGUAACUGUACAACUAAGCGUAUUUGGAGGCUCUACCGGAGCGCUUUGCAUUGCUUUUGGAUUGAUUGUACCUCGUUGUAUGAUUGAUUGUAUUGCAUCAUUUCGUCAGUGUUUGGGUUAUGGUAGGAUGUUUUUUGUUUUUUGUUUUUUGAGAUUUGUACGUAAUAUUUUAACCAUCUUUCCACAAUUUGACUAAUUUGACAUAAGUAGAGACCAGUUUGUACAAGCUUCUGCUUUUCGUGCAUUACCAAUAACAACAGUGGGAGCGGUAAUUUUGGAAGCGAUAUGCACACACCCGGAUCCAUCUUACCACGUUGCAUAAUAGAGCUGAACGAGGAUUGCCCGCCGUCGCCAACACCGCGGCAAGGUCUUUGACAGGUUGGAAACGUUCCACCGGUUCGGUGUUAAUUUGGACAUGCUCUGCAGUAUUCCGUAUUGGUCCGGUUGCGGAACCCGGUAUACGAUAUGCCGCGGUCUCAUUACUGACAUUUAAACCAUUCAUAAGUGAUUGCGCCCAUACCGGGGGCCGCACGUCUGUCAUGUGUGUGUGUUGUAACUUAUUUUUAAACCGCAUCCGCUCAGUCAGACCUCCUGUCGACGGCGUCGCCGGCUGGGUCGGGUCGGUUCGUCAUGAUUCACACACCACUUGAGGCGGAUGGGCGGGUCAGGUUUUGGAGGCAGCAGUGCGGUCGACUUGCGUGAGUUCAUAAUUCAUCUAUUUAUUGUAUUUAUAGAUGGUACAGGCCAGAUAUUGAAACUGACUGACUUCGGUCACUCGGUGCUGCCACGGUAUGUGUGUGUGUGUUUGCGUUUAAGCGAAUCCGGUCCCAGGAAUGCAGGGGCGAGCGGGUAACAAGUGUCCUUGUCUCUCUAACUGGGUGCCUUUUGCAUAAUUUAAAACUUAACCCUCCCUCCCCUCCCAGCUUGAGCUAAAAAGAUGUUGAGAAAAUCAGUCCACCCAGCCGGCGGGAGGGUUGCGCGCUCCUGUGUGCAGCUAUUUCAGGUUCCAGCAGCAGGGGUUCGAAAAUAGAACCUAAACAAUGUGCCUCCGUGUCACAGCUGCUCGAAAUAGUCAAUCGAUAAUGUUUGACCGAUAGAAAAAAGGACAACGUGUAACCGCUCUGCUGGACACUGGUCGCGUGCGAGUGGCCAAGGUCCUGCUGUCAUCGAUUGACUUUAUUCAAAGUAGUGUGGCCGGUGCGCUGCUUGAAUGAUCACACACACUGAACCAUUGCGUACGCACACAGCACAAGCGAAUUGUACUUCUUGGGAGGGGCCAUUAGACUUUAUCCAUUUUUGUUUCAUUUUUCAGAACGUUUGUUUUUUUCUUUUGUUUAUUAAAUCAUUGUUUAAUUUUCAUCAUCUUUCUGUCACUGUGUCCGUUUUAGAUUGUACCCUGAGAGCCACUGUUGAGAGCUCCGCCGUCUUCACCGCCAUCGUCUGUUUGCCAUAGUAGGAGGUGGUGGCAGCAGUAAGCGAAUGCAACGCACCCCCCACCAUUGCAUUGCAUUCAUCUUCCGGUUGGUCGGUUGAUCGGAGUUACAGCCGAUGAUGCUGGCCGCCAACCCGUAAAUGGGGUGCAUAAGUAGUGCAGAAGACAAGAUCAACUGUACUCAUCAUCAUCAUCAUCAUCAUGAUUCAUCAUCAUGAUUCAUCAUCACGAUACAUCGUAAAGACUGUUUUAGUUCUGUUAAGUUUUAUUUAGUCGAGCGGAGGAUAUUAUUUUAGAUUUGCGUUUAUUGUACACCAAUAGAGAGAUCGGGGCGCUGUUCGUCAACAGUGUAGAUCUAUUAAUGAGAACACUUGUAUUUCACUUCAACUCUAUCAUUUUACAACAAACGAUUCAAUCACUUGCUCUCGAUAGCUUUGCAACAGCGGUCAUUAAACAUAAGUAAUAAUUAUUUUUAACCCACAUCCCCGACCCAAUCCAUUCAUAUGGCGGCUCAGAUGGUGGAAGCGGUAAGCUCUCGCCCCAAACACCCGAACAAAAAACCCCGGUCGUUGCACAUUUCGUCUGGGCAAAACACACAUUCAUGUCAAUAUUGUUCGGCGUACAGAUUUUCUCGCCCCAACUCUCCUCCAACGAACAGAGCGAACAGAGGAGAAGCAAACGAUGGGGAGAACUGCAAGAAACCCCAAAUCCAUCAAUCAAGACCGAUCCGUGUGCGCUCUGCUCUUCACUUUCCAUUCUUUCUUCUACUCCGAACAUGCCUUCCCUCCAAGCAGUGUGGUGGUUUUUUGUAUUAUUAUUAUUAAUACUUUUGCGCUAUUUUUAGGCCAGAAGCGCUCAAAUGUGUCCGUCACUGUUUCGGAUUUCAAGUACCGUGCAGGCCAAGUUUUGGCGUGGCCGGACGUUCUGGGACUAAUUCCUUCACGGCUCAUAAUGUUGCCUCCAAUGGAAGCACAUCAAAGUGUGUGUACGUGUGUGUGUGUGUGUUGUAAAAACCAGCCGAGCUCGAAGAAUGAACCCGAUUGAGCAGCGAUCGGCGAAUGCAGUGGUCGGCAAUGCAUUGCACGUGUGCAAGGCGUAGUUUUCAAUUGCAUGGUUUUGAAUUUUUAUUAACUAAGGUCAUGUGAAAACAUGCGUACUUAAUUGAUUGUACAGUGGAUUGUUGUUGUAUGGCAGAUAAAAAUGCAUAAUCAAAAACAGCUGCCCUGGCUCACCGUCUGGAGUAACGGAUGCGUUUCUCCAUUUCCUAUGAUACUGGUGUAUUUCCUUUAGCUAAACAAACCAUUUUUACUUCACAAGAUCAUCACACCUGCCGGAAAGUGUGUGAUAGAGAAAGUUGAAAAUGAAGAUAUAUAGGAUGCAAGUGCAUGUUGCACCAACCAAUGGUGAAAUUUUCAAUUUUUCUAAACGAAAUCAUAAUUAGUUCGUGUUUAGUAAACCAAAACAAAAACAAUUAAAUUUGAUUUUUUUAUUAUCUAUGAAGAAAAAGUGACACGGGUUCAUCGUUCAACAGUUUAUCGCCACAUAGCACAGCAUAGCAUUAGCAUAGCAUAGCCUGUUAAUAAGUAGUUGGAAUGUGUUGCAUUUUUUUUGAUUGCAUAAUGCCGUGCUUUCCGUUGACAUGUUUCGCGUUCGUUAAAGGGGAAAAUAAUAGCAAAGAUGCAAAAUUGCCAGUUAGUUUAGUUAGUGUACGUUCAAUGUUCAUACUUUGUGCCCAUCGCGCCGUGUGGGCCCUUUUCUUUCCGUUCUCUCUGUCUCUGUCGCUCAUUUGUUUGGCCUUGCGGCACACCCCCCUCCUUCUUUUCACUGUCUUCUAGUCAACUUAUCCUCCUUAUCCAAGUUCGUUGUCUCUCGUAUGCCGGGCCGUACGGAUUUUUUGUUGCGUUUGCAUAAGUGCGAGAUACUCGCUUUAGCGGAAGAGGGAACAGUUACCAUUAGAGAUAUAAAUUUGUUCGUUCGCCAUUUUAUCAAACUUUCUAUAUACAUAUAUAUACUUUGUAAAAUGCGGUAGUUGUGUAACUGAACUCAUUUUGUACUGUAGUUUCCAUCUUUUUUGUUGUUUUUUGGUACAAUUUCUUUGUUAAUGUUACAUAUGUAUGCAGUUUUUGUUCAAUUUGCUACAACUUUUCCUACUACUAGCAGCGAUCAAUAUAUCAGUAGUAGUAGUUGUGUUUCGGUUUAAAUCUAGCCGUUUCGUUCUGUUCCGUAAUUAGAUGUUUCAAUUCAAACCUUUACGGUAUGCAGGGGGCAGAAUAAACAAAAAAAAAAAACGCCAUACAACAUUCCUCGCAUGCCAAAGCUCUUUUCCAUUGCUAAAUGUUGCUAUUACGAAUAAGCCGUAACGUGUAACGUUUUUCUUCCUUCAAGCCAAAACGAAAUCGUAGCGGUAGCAUUUUGAUCAACCAUUAAUUGGGAAAUAUGUCUUUUUAUUUCCAAAUAAUAUUGCUAUCGAGCAAGUCUGUUUCGGUCUCUACUGUACAAAAUGUCGCCCUUCAAUGUCUUUUCCUUUCCUUUCCACGGAUGAAUAGAAAGCACACACAUUUGCACGGGGUUUAAUAUUCAAUAUCAAUAGUGAGUAGUUGAGCAUUGUGUCAGAAAGGAUGAAUGAUCUGCCAUCGGAAAAGCAGCCGUUGUUAUAUUAGGAAAGUAGGAACUUUUAUCACGAUUUGCUUUGCUUCUAAAUACCUUUUGUGACAAUACUCAUCAUCUCCACCGUUUUGUAGUGAGACUCGAUUUCGGUAAUUCCUUGUAGGUUUGUUUUUAAAGUAAAGUAAAGUAAACAGACCACCUCUUCCUGUGAAACUAUUGCAAAACCUAAUGGUUACACAAAUAGUGGUAAACCUGUGGUAAUAAAUGCAUGUGAGCAUUAUUCACAGAAAGAGUAAAACGUACUUAAAAAGCAUGUAUAAAUAAAACCACAUAAAUCUUACAUAGAGAAACAAAACAACAAACAUAUCGUAUUUGAGCGCGGGGGCGAUGGUAUAGAAGACUAAAACUCAAAAUAGGAGCUAUUAUCGUCUACAACGGACCGGAGCAAGUACAUUCGAACGAGAAUUAAAGCAAAUGUAAUGGCACAUCACACACUCGAGCGGUAGUAGUACUUUGUAAGCUAAAUAAGGUAACCAAACGUUCUUCCAUACAAAACACUAGAAAAAUGCAUAUAUUUAUACUAUCGAGAGAUGCUGCAGAUCGGCAAGUAAUAGGGUUUGAAUACUAAAGGAACGAACGGAACAAACAGUACCAAAACAAGGAAAGGAGAAGACAACCACAAAAAGGUGCACACAGCGCAAUUACUUUGCAGCCCACAUCCCACAAAUGUAUAAACGUACACACACUUCAAACGAGCUGCAAACAAAUUUAUAUCUCUAUAAGUGAAAACUAUUCCGAGAGUGAGAUAAAUCGAGCUAAUAAUUAGAUGGAAAAUCCAACCCACAAAUCCAAAACCCCAGUGAGAGACGAACUGAUGAAGCAGGAUAAACACAAAAGAUUAGAAGCAAAAUGGUCGGGAAUUAUUUUUCAAGCAUGAGCAAGACAGAAUGAUAGCUCUUGAGCGAUGCUUCAUCAUAUUCAAGUACCUACUGCUUUAGUAGAGCCGCCAAUUGGUUGGGAAGCGGAUUUUAUUUUCAAAGUCCGGUUUCCGCCUGGUUUCGCAUUGAACUCACUCAUGGUACAAACAUACUAAUGAGCGCACUAACGCAUUAGAAGCGGCGGAGGAGCAGUGUGGUUUUGAAGCCUUCCUUCUAACGGCAACAGAAAGCUUCCUUCCUACCUCAGAAAGCAUUAGCAGAGGUGUAAGAGCCCGACAGAUAUGUGUUUGUUUUUGUUUUCUUCAAUACAACAUUGGCUAUGGGUCAAAGGGGAGGAAUUUAAAUGUAUCUCCUCUUUAACACGCUAAGCACUAAUGGGCGGGUAUGAGAUCAAUCUAAAGAAACACACACACAAACCCGUAAAACCCCAAAAGGCUAGUGACGUAAUGCGAGAUUAUCGAUUCGGUAGUUUUAUGAUUUUCGGGCUGGCAAUAGACAAAACUGUUGAAAUGAUGAACUCAACGUGGACCAAAUGGCAAAACUGACGAAAAAGAAAGCAAGACAAGAGAUCUUUACGAGCCAUUCCGCUCAAAAAAGCGAUGGCUCCGAGUCGGAAACUUUCCACCAACUACGCAUAUGAGCAAAGGUUCGUGACGGAACAGGUGUGUGUGUACACAUUGUAAAAUUGUUGUUUGCGGGCAUUAAGCCAAAAAGAGACAAAGUAUCACAUCACAUAAACAAAUGUGUAUGAGUGCGGAUUUGUGUAAAAAGCGGGUGAGAGAACCUGUGUACCUACUCAAAAGAUUACUUAAAACUGCAUAUAUAACAAAAAAAAAGAAAAUGAAAAGAAAACACACUAAAUUAUCCCAUCGAAUUUUGAAUCUUAGGUUUUGAGCCAUUUUAACACGAUCGUGCUGUGUAUGUUAUAUAGCCUGUAAAAUGUAAGAGUACACGCUUGCAGGGGUGGUGGGUGGUCUACGUGUUUCGUGUGUAACCAAAACACAACAAAAGAAUUGAAGGAAACAGUUUUCAGAGUGACAGUUUCUAAUCUGAUACUGUUUCUAAUCUGUUUGUUGUACAGUGGAUGGGCCCAAACUUGCCGAUGGUGACCACAAGUUGCAAAAGCAAGCGAUAACAAGGUUCAAGAGUAGGCGCGCACAUGCAAGCCAGCAAGCGAGGCUGGGACUGGGAGAAGACCCGUCUUUUACAGCACUGACGGGCUAUGCGCUUAAUGAUUUGGAAGGAGAGAGAGAGAGAACAUUGCAACCAUUGCAAUCAGACCAAUAAUUGUUGGCUUUUUAUAUUCACUUCGCCUUGAAAACCCCCCCCCCUUUGGAAAUGGAGGCGCCUAUGCCCUGGUGGAACACACCUCACGCUAGCGCGAUGAGUGCAAAAACACGAUCUGCUUGAGCCCGAUACCCCUGGAACGGGAUCUUUCUUGGGCAAACAGAGCUAAUCGGCACAAAAAAAAAACCCCAAACCAACGUGUGUGCGUGCUGGACCACCCGUUCUGCUGGGGGGAUGGGCGGCUUUCUUCACCUGUCGUUGUGGAUAGUUCCCCCCGACACUCACCCACAAGUUUACCUUGAUACUUAUUUGAAUACGAGAGAGACUCAUGGAUAGCAAGAUUUAAGCAAGUUAAGAAAGAAUAAAAGACAACAAGACGCUUUCAAACCAUACAUAUAUGACUAUAAAUAGAUAUACACACACACACACACACAAACACGCGCGCGCGUACAAAAAAUACACACACACACACACAUACAUUAGUAUUUAUAUUUUUAGGAAUUUAUACUUAGGAUCUGUGAAUUUUAUGGGAACUACACUCUAAAUCUAAAUUUAAAUGUGUCGUGCGCGAAAGGACACCCGAAGGUGCUCAACCGUUGGGGCGCGCGGCGUCUGUAAGGCAAAUGUAUUCAUAAAAGCAAUCAAUCGAUGGAACAGUAGUGGUGGUGUGGUGUCGUCGCAGUACGUCGUAUCUUGAAAGCUCUAUACUUAAUGGUUAGGAUACUUAAACAUUUUGUCGCCCCGCUUGAGGACCUUGUCUAAAAAGGGCGUUGUGUUCGGCAUGGGAAGAGCUCGUGUCCCGGUCGUGUGUUAAGAAAUAUACAAAAGCAAUAUAUCAUAUACGCUACACACUACUACACCACACGGUUUGUGUAUCUUAGAAGAAGAAAAUACAUCCCAUCCCUUACAUAUCCGUGGGGUGGAGAUGAGUUUUGGAACGUGUAUAGGGGGGAGUGAGUGACUGGGAACAGGUUACUCGGUAAAGAUGGCUAUGAGGGCAUGACAUGGCCCCAGCAAGGGUGUCAAGAUAUCGUUAGUAAUCCUCCCAGCACAUUGCUAACGUUGGGAGAAGGGUAAGGGCAGACGAAAAAUAUGUGUACGGUGGUGUACGGUGUUUGCUGCUACUAAACACAGUAUACUACCCAUUUAAACUUAUGGCCAAAACAAACUCUCACCCACUAAUCGCGCCAUCGACACACAAGUACACACGCUAGUACCACACACACCCAAACACACUUACAGCGUAUAUUGAGGCGCGCGUAUACUGAAAUGCAUCCAACACACACACACGUACAUAUACACACACUGCCGGCAAGCAAAGUGACAGAAAACAAAACUGAGUGUAUAGAAGAAGAGGAAGGAAAAAAAGGAGGACAAAGCAAGCAUCCACUCAAACAGACAAUACUACAUAUUAUAUUUGUGUUUUAAUUUCGAAGUUUUGUGAUUGUUGCGAUUGACGGGGGCCCCGCAUAAAAGAAACUAGUUUAAAAGAAUACACUGUGACGAAUAUAGAACAAAUGCAUCAAAAGGGAGGGCGGCGGAGGGAACGAGCGACGAUGCUUUAAGCUAAGUGAAAAUGGACCUGAUGGGUUAAAAUUAAAGACACAGAAAGGGAAAGGGGGACACGUGACACAGACCCAGUGACGCUGUCAGGGGAGCAAAACACAGAAACUGCAUGUAUAUUUCCAUUAUAGUGUGCUAUUGCUGUUGCUGAGUAGUAGUGUAUAUUUAAUACGAAACUAUUAUACUACAUACACACGGGCACGCUUGUGUGGUGUGUGUGUGGAAAGAGCUACAAAAGACAAAAACAAAUAAAUGAUCUCUUCCGUGUAGCGCUGCAUGCGAAGCAGAAAAAGGGCGAUGUAAAGAAAUAGAAAAAGAGAGGGAGAGCGAGUGAGUAAUUGCGAGAAUUCAAAGCAAAAAGAGCAAGAAGAAAAAACAUAAAUAGCAACAAAAGUAUAAGAAAAAUACAUGAAGUGAGCUAACAAAAAACCAAGAGAAAACGGAAAAGCAAUAACGUUAGUUAUUAUUAAACAAUAUGAUAAUGAUUAAAAAUUAUAAUUAUGAUACUUAUGAUGAUUAUUAUUACCAAUUAUUGUCGAUCAUGUGAUGUACUGUUCCUCCCCCCUCCCCAUUCACUACAACAAAAAAAAAUAGCUACGCCGCCAUUCUUCGUCAUCGUGUGUCGCCACAUCGCGCGAUCAUUCCACAUCUGUGUUUCAAGAAUAUGGGGGGGGGAGGAGGCGGGGGGGAAAGGGACGAAAUAGUAGCGAACAGGGGGAUUUGCAAACCCCAACGAUUGACGAAGGCAAAAGAAAGUAAGCAAAAAACGGUAACUCCGCGAAACCGGCAACCCUGAACCUACUGGCAAACCCUUGUGCUAAAGCGUACCAACUACUACUAUCACCCAACCACCCACAACCCUUGACCUUAUACCGCAACACAGCAACACAAAAACCACCAGUUGUGAUUGCAAACACACAGAAGAAGAAGAUGCGCGAGCAUUGCGUAAGAAGUGCCGUAAAGCAAACGAUUGCUAAACGAAACAAAAGAAGAGAAAGAGAGUAAAGAAAAGACAAACGCAAAACAAACAAACGUCGUACGAGAAGAAGUAAUAAAGCAAAAUAAAACAAAUGAAUAAAACCACAAAACAAAUGGCAAAGUAUGUGUUGUAAGGUU